AUGCCUACACUGGACCCAACUAAGGCCGAGAAACAUGCUACUGAAUGCAACAACUACAUCGCCAAUGAGAUCAAAGACCACCGAGAUCGACUUGGAGCUUUCGCAUGCCUUUCAAUGCACAACCCCGAACAAGCCGCCGCAGAGUUGGAACGGUGUGUCAAGGACUUUGGAUUUCACGGUGCUCUUGUCAACGAUUUUCAACAUGCUGGUCCUGAUGGAGAGACCUACCUCUAUUACGAUCAACCUGCUUACGACGUUUUCUGGAAGAAGUGCGUAGAGCUUGAUGUUUCACUUUACAUUCAUCCUGCCGCACCAACUGGAUCCAUGUAUGAGAAGCAAUUUGCUCAACGCAAAUAUCUCAUUGGCCCAUCACUUAGUUUCGCUAAUGCCGUUUCCCUUCAUGUUCUGGGACUUAUCAGUAACGGUGUCUUUGAUCGUUUCCCAAAACUCAAACUCAUCAUUGGUCACUUGGGCGAGCACAUUCCUUUCGAUUUUUGGAGAAUUAACCAUUGGUUUGAGGACACAAACAUCUGGGUCACUACCUCCGGUCAUUUCUCGACCCUUACUCUCAAGUAUGUUUGUGAGUAUUUAGGUCCCGAGAGAUUGCUAUUCAGUGUUGAUUAUCCAUAUGAGACAAUUGAUAAUGGAUGUGGAUGGUGGGACGGAGACGCGGAGAACAUCAAGAAGGCGCUUGGUGGCCGAGAAGCAUAUGAAGAUGUUGGAAGGGAGAAUGCGAAGAAGCUGUUGAGACUAGGAAAGUACCAUGAUUCGGAAGCUGUGGUCGAGUAA